UUGGAAUCCUUCCCUCUCGCUUGGGUCACUUACACUUACAGCACAGAUCAACUCGUUGACUCGUUGCUCAGCUUGGACCGAGAGCACCGGUGGUGACUUCUUUAUCAGGAGUACAGUUUGCAAAGGAGCUGCUCUUCGCGGAUCAACACCAGAAACUCAAUAAUGGCUGAUUCGGUCUUUAAAAAUGUGGAGAUGGCACCACCUAUUCAGGUGUUUCAACUUACUAAGAUGUACAACGAGUGCUCAAAUGAAAAUAAAGUUAACCUUGGAGUCGGAGCAUACCGCACUGAUGAAGGCAAACCUUGGGUUCUACCUGUGGUCAGAGAGGCUGAGUCACAAAUGGCAGCAGACUUGACUCUUAACCACGAGUAUUUGCCAGUUGCUGGAAUGCCAGAUUUUCGCACCUCAGCCACAAAAAUUCUUCUGGGUACAAACCAUGCCGCCAUCUCAGAGAAUCGGACUGAGAGUUUUCAGGCUCUUGGAGGAACUGGUGCCCUCCGUCUGGCUGCGGCUUUUCUCGGCAAUGUCCUGGGAUUUAAAGUGGUCUACGUCUCCAAUCCUACAUGGGGAAAUCACAAGGGAAUCUUCAAGUCUGCAGGAUUUUCGAUCAAAGAGUAUCGGUACUGGGACAAUGCAAAUCGUUCCUUGGACUUCUCAGGGAUGAUGGAAGAUCUGUCGAAUGCCCCUGAGAACGCAGUCGUAAUUUUGCACGGAGUUGCUCACAAUCCCACCGGAGUGGACCCGACCCCCGACCAGUGGAAAACAAUAUGUCAGACGUGCAUCGAUAAAAAGUUGUUUGUGCUCAUAGACUGUGCUUAUCAAGGCUUUGCCAGUGGAGAUUUGGAUCAGGACGCCUUCGCCUCUCGGUAUUUUGCUGACCAGCGCAUGGAUAUGUUUGUUGCUCAAUCCUUCUCCAAAAACUUUGGUCUUUACAAUGAGAGGACUGGCAACCUGGUGGUGGUGACAAAAGAUGCUUCCAAGCUUCCUGAGAUUCGCAGUCAGAUGGAGAUCCAGAUCAGAGUGAUUUGGUCAAACCCUCCCAACCACGGUGCUCGAAUUGUCGCUACAGUUCUCAACAACAAAGCCUACUAUGAGCAAUGGAAAGGUGAUAUCCUCACAAUGGCAAACCGCAUUAAGAAGAUGAGGCAGGAGCUGUACGACGCUCUGCGAGACAUGAGCACCCCGGGAAACUGGAGCCACAUCACCAAGCAGAUCGGCAUGUUCAGCUACACCGGCCUCUCUGAGGAACAAGUGGAGCUGAUGAAGACGAAGUACAACAUCUACCUCCUGAGCAGCGGCCGCAUCAGCAUGUGUGGAAUCACCAGCAAAAACGUGGCCUACGUCGCCAAGGCCAUCGACGCAGCCGUGCGAGCCUACCCUAGUAAUUAAAAACGAAUUCUUUUCUCCUUCCUCCUAUCCCGCUCAGAACAAUUCUGUUUUUCUGAGCCCUUGUUUUUGUUGACCUUUACUCAAGCUGUGGUUGGUUGAUUUGUUGCUUAGUUUUGAAAGCUGUGAUGAUAGUCGAUUUGUCGCAGUUUUUAAACGUAGGUGAUACGUAAAUCAGGUUUUUUUAAAAAUGUGUGUAGACUUAGACAUGUGGGGCGUUUCCGAUCUCAGUUUAAGAGUACAGCGUGUGAUAUGAUAGUGGCUGUAGUUUGUACUGGGAAAGGUUGCUUUUUCGCAGGUUUUAGCCGAGUAGAGCAGUCUGUUUGUUCUCAAAUCACAAUUUCCUGUUCUGGAACUCUAUCGUCUGUAUGUAAAUCUCUCAAGUUUUUUUCGUGCGAAAGAGGAGUGGGGAUGUCUGCUUCCUUUUUUUUCACAAACAGGCGUAAGAUUUUUACACAUUCUGCAUGUUAUGGAGUCAGAUAAAUACCGGUCCUUCACUCUGGCUGUGAGAAUACAUGUUUUCUUUGUCACAAUCCGUGUCACCUCUAACCUUAUUUCACCUGUGACCUCUUCACCUCUAACCUUUUGUCACCAGCAUCUCUCCAUUUACUAUUUACUGUUAUUGUUCUUGUCCGUUACAUCAUAGAGUUGCAAUUUCUAUUUUUCUAAGAGCUAUUGUCUGUAUGUAAGGGGAAUCAAAAUUAGAGUUGACUGCCUACUUUCUAGUUAGAAAAGGAAAUUCUUUACUUACACCAUUUUUAGGUGAGUUGUUCCCUAGCUGGUAAAGUGAAUUGAUGCUUUGUUGGUUACUUAAAUGCUUGUUUUGGCAUCUUUUGGAAAAUGUCAAAGUUUUUAUUCUAAAAACUGAUUUUUUAAAGAUGUAUAAAAGGAUUUACAUCUGAAUUAACUUACAACUUGAAUUGAGUAUUUGUGUCAAUAACAUUUAAUGUUUAUGUCAUAUAUAUCCAAUUGUUUUUGAUAUUAUGUGUCAUAUUUAUUCCAAAAGCUUUACCUGUUUGAUAGUGCUCAGGUUGAGGGGAAAAGUGCUUGGUUGUGUGCAGUUGUCAGUAUAUAUAUUAUUCUAGGGAGUAAACAUCUUUCUACUUGCGAGUCCAGUUCUCAGACAUUGUCAAGCUUGUAAAGUUAUUUGUCCGAAAUGUAUUUUACCAAGAAUUAGGGCCUACAUGUACAUACAAAUACUUACAAGGAAAAAGGAAAGAUAUCUCAUGGUCCAUCAAAUUCUGUCCUGUAUGAUGAUGAGUGUUAAUGUUAUUUUACGAAAAGCAUUUGCUCCUAGUCAAGUGAUUUGAUCAGCAUCAGCGUUUUUCUCCUGUAUUUGUCACUAAACCAGUGUCUGUGGUGUAGCAAUAAGGCGCUUCUCCGCGACACACAGGAGACCCAAGUUCGAUUCACGUGUUGGGAGACAUUUUAUCGAGUAUCUCGGUCUCUCUUCUGGGAAGUUGUAUCUCUCUCAGCUUGGGGUUGGCCCUGACGAGGCAGUGUUGAAGCCAGCCGUCUGAAUGAUCGAAAUGAUCCAAACGAUCUGACUUUGUCGAUGUGGGCAUAAAACUCGUACUUUUGAGAUUUUAGGGUUCUGUAAGUUUAUUCAACAGUAUUACUACAACAAAACAAAACUUAUUUCUUCUGGGUGUUUAGUUUGCCUUAUCACCAUCUGUCACCAUCUCUGAGCACCAGCCCUCUACCCUUUGUUUUUUAUCCAGUCCUUGCUCGUUACUGGUUUUUUUAAUGCGUUUCUGUUUUUCACAAAUUUAUAUUGGAUGAAGACGUGUUUGUUGAUACCCAGUACCCCUUUGAGUUGCCAACACCACAGUGUUUGAGGUUCAGGUGUUUUUUUUUGCCUUGUGAACCACCGGUAUUGCCCAAUUUUUACAUCUGUUCAUUGCACUGGGAGAGAGUUCUUGACAAUGCGAGGGAUUGUUAUCUCAACUACAACAUGAUGAACCCACGAUAAUGGUUUGAUAAAAACCGAUGACCCUGACUUGAAGGUUCAAACACCAAUAGAAGUAACAUCACAGGAGGAAAGGAAAACAUUUAGGACAAUUUAACAUCACAGAAGGAACAUUUUUCUAACAGUUUGUAGUGUCCUUUCUUGUGUUGAUUUGGCUCUGUUGAGUUUUCGAGCCUCUGUACAGUUGAUAGAAAUGAUCCAUGUUUCCAGUUCCAGGGUAAGGAGAAAGAAAUAAAACAGAAAAGCAGCGCUAAUGUGUGUUGAUGUGUGUUUUAUACAUUGAAGUAAUAAAAAUACUUUGUCCGGCAGUGUCUGACAAUGGCUAUGAAUGUGUAGAGGAGAAUUUGUAAAAGUAUGUGCUUUAUGUAGACAAUAGACAAAGUCACAAAUGGUGACAUGGUGACUAUUUCCCUUUCCUUUAAUUGUUUUGUUUUGAUGUGGUCUUACGAAAAAAAGCAAAUAAACAACCCACAACUGCAAGUUUCUAACUCUUUUAUCAAGGGAAAAAUUUGCAUUUUAAAUCUGAUUUGUAACAUUUUAGUGACAGACACCGAAUUUAAAAGAAAUAAAAACAUUAAAAAAUGUUCCUCUUUUGAACGGACUAAUAUUCUCAUCUUGAACUUACUCUUACAGGGUCUUCUUUGUAGGAGGCUCUACUAGUGGAGGAGUGAGGGUAGAAAAGUCGGAGUGCAUGAACACCUGGCCUCUGGAUUUCAGCUGUCAAGAUUUAGCACUAAGCAGAGAGCUCUAAUUAGAAAUAUUUCAGAAUCCUAGUUGUGUAGCAGUUUGUUUUAAACAGAUCUGUGAUUUGUAUGACAAAGAUGAUUUUGAUGAUGGAGAUCUCUUUUCUGUACAAGUGUUUCUGCUCCAGGGUUGUGGCUGUAGGUAUUGAGAGUUUCCUGGAAUGGUACUGCCUGUUGUUUGUUGAGAAAGUAGGUGAGAUGAAAUUUCUGUGUUUUCUAUGCUCCAGGGGUGAUCUUUAGGUGUGGUCUUGUCUUGGCUGACUCCUAAUGAUAAUAAUGUUGGCCUCUAAUUUGAAAACUGCUUCUUCCUAAAACGUGAACAAUUUUGCGAGGCCCGAUAAUGGUUGCAUUAUCCCAGGUUCUGUUUUUGUCUCUUACAGAAAGAUCUGUAUGUUCUAUUCAUAUACACUUGGGAUUAACAUUUUCACUCAGGGUGUGGGUCGUCUGUAAACUGGACAUGAUCCAAAAGCAUAAUUCAGUAGGCUUACUUCACAUCUACCAAAGUUGUAAUUUGGCAUUGCUCCCCUUUUUUUAGUUUUAUUAGUUUUAUCCUCUGGUGUGUGCGGUUUGCUUUUGUCGGUGGGGGAAGACAAGUAGACAUAAGUGUGUAGUGAGUAUAUCACGAGUGUCGUUUGUUAUUUGCGUGUAAUCUGGUGGCUUUGGAAAUUCUAUUCCUCAGGUUUCUUUUCUUUUGUCAAGUUGUUUUUUUCUCUUAUUCUUUUUCUUCCCUCUUUUUUUCUUGUAUUUAUAUGAAUACAUUUUACAAUCUAAUGGGCUUUUAGUAUUCUAUUUUUAACAUAUAUAUGAAUAUUUUAAAGACAUAUUCCUUCCUUCCGUCUGUCCAUGUGAUAAAUCCAUUAUAUUAGUACAGUGUAUUCAAUAUUUUGAUUAAUUAAUGGCUUUAUGUGUUAGUGCAUGUGUACAGGCGUGAUCCCUUUGGGGGCUGUAAUCAGGGAUGCCAAAUCUCCGGUUUUAUCCGCCUUUUUCCGGCUUUUUCCGGGGUUUUUUUCCUACACUUGCAAAGGAAAGGGGAAUGGUAAGAGAAAUGUUUUUGUUUGCUCAUUGAAAGAUUUUACAAAGUACGUUUUAGGUGAGAUGUGAUGAUCCGCUCAUUUUCAGGUUAAAAAAAAUAAAUAAUUUGGCAUCCCUGUGUAAUGACCGUAGUUGUGUGUCGCUGCAUUGUGUAAUGUAGAUUCUAUGCAUAUAGCUGCCAACCAGUAUGCUAAAAAUGUAUUCAAUUGAAUAUGUUUUUGGGGGGUCUGAGUACAGACGUAUGUUUUCGCGGCGGAAAAUAUGUAUUCUGUGUUUUCUAGUACUGUACUCACGGACUUGUCGAUGCCAAAGAAAAAGUUUAAACUUUUAUUUUUAAAACCGGAUUUGCGAGUAAUAAUGAGAACAAAGCGGAUAGGUAGUUGUGUGUGUUGUCAUAGCUAGCUAUUUUGCAUGAAUUUAUUGAAUGCGGAAAAAUGUGUGCGAAGUGUUUGGAGGGGUGUUUCUUAGCUAACUCCAGCCGUCUUGACCAGUCAAGAGACUCGUCUUAGUCUUUUGGUCUUUGAAAAGUUGGCAGCUAUGUGUAUGUUAGUACAUGUACUGUUACUUCUGUUACACUUGUUCCCAGCUAGGAUGAUGUGUGGGAUAACCAUAUCCAUUAACAAGUUUGUCUGCUUAGUUUCUGGAUUUUCCUCAGCUUGUACUUGUGGCCCUUUCUGUUUAGAGUGACUUCUUGUCUGUUGUAGUUGAAUGUUAAUCUUUACCGAUGUCUUGGCAGGGCGGUCUGUGGACACUGUUCUCUAGUGAGGCAGUGAACGCAGUGAAGUCUUAUGUGUUGUACUUUCCUGUGUCUUUGCUAUAGAAAAAAACCCAAUAUUCUUUUCUUUAUGGUAUGUUUAAUUGUUUAAUUAAUUGAUAUGUGGAGUCCACUUAAACUGAAUAUAUGGUUAAUCUGAAAACAAAGGUAAACCAAAAGAAACGAAAUUCCCAAUUUUUUUCUCCCUUUCUUUGAUCUUGAACAAUCUUUGUGAACUGAAAACUUGGCGAAACUGAAGAAAACCUGUUAGUCCUUCAGAUUUUGAUUUAAGUAUGCGGAUUUCAAUGUAGUUGUUUUUUUGUACAGAGACUGAAUGAUGACUUUGUGAUGACUUGUUUUCUUGGAGCAUGAGACCAACCCACUGACUGUUUCCCCCCCUCUCCCCAUAUCUCCCCCUCUCCCUAUGUUUCUAAAGCUCUAGAGCUGUCGCAAAGCGCAGGGCAGGCGGGUCGAGGUAAGGAAGAGGACUAUCGAUAGUUCAUUCGUCCUAUUUUGUUGGUCACCAGUUUUUCACCCGGUUGUUUUCUUUUUAUCCAAAAGUAAUUCCAGUCUUUUGGUUUUUUGUUUUUCUAUUUUGAAUUGUUUCUGAGUCACAGAAAUGCUGAGAAAUAUAUGACAUCGUGAUAUAUUUAUCCUGUUUGUCCAAAGAACUUACUGUACAGUAUAUAUUUUUUAAGAUGGACAAGAGAUUGGAACAGCUUCAAAGUUUUAAAAAGUACAGCAGGGUUUUUUCCAUACUUAAUGUACUUCAAUUAUCCAGGACUUUUGUUUUGCUUAAUUGGAACAACAUUUGAAAUUCCGAACUACUGUUACUGGUUGUCAAAGGUUGUCUCACAACUGUAGCCUGCCUUCACGUUUGAAAAAUUUGUUCUUUUUUUUGGUUUUUUUUUUAACUGAUAGGUCUUUGAGUAGAUGUCACACUUUUCUUCAUGUGCUGAUGCUUAGUUUCUGCCUGUUGUUUAGAAGUUAUUGGGUUUUGUUCUGUCUUAAAUGUUUAAUUUUUCUGUUUUAAAAGUCCCUGUUCUCUCCUAAAUGUUUGAUUUUUAUAUUUUAAAAGUCCCUGUUCUUCCUUUUUCACUGGUCGUUUUUGUUCCUCACAGUUGCUGUUGAUGCAUUCUUCUAUGCAAUUCAUUUGUUGAGCAUCUUUUGUGUUUUUGUUUCCCGAUAUUUCUCUGUUGUUUUCUCCGAUGUGAUAAUUGAUUGUUGAAAGCAUUUUGUUGUAGACUCGGAGUGUAUGUGUAUAUCGUGGUAUGCCACUGUUGAAUAAUUCUUAUAUCACACCGCAGUACUUGAUCCCACAUUUGAUUCGCUUGUAAUAUUCUGUAAAUUCUGUUUGCCGUUCACAGCUCAUUCUUGAAACUUAAAGGAAAGAGGUUAUUUAUGCUGCCCCCGUCGUUUUAUGCAAGGACAAUUCUGAAAUUAUACAAACUGAGCCCCAAAAAUGUGAAAUUAUGCGAAUCUGUUAAUUUUAACAAAGAACGAUAAAGGAAGAUAAUCAGAAAUUAUGCGAAAAAUGAUCAAAUUUUGCUAAAUUAUGCGGGGUGCAUAAAACCACGGGGACAGUUUAAGUUAAGGGAGACGACGACAAAGGGUGCAGACCGAUUUGACGGUCGUCGUUGUUGUAAAAUGAGAUCAGUUAACCCGAGAUUUACGGUAGAUUUUGUACUACUAUAACUACUACUACUCCACCUCCAGCCCCGAGGGGCACUGUUUUAUCACACAGUGUAGCAGCCCUCUGCAAACUUUCCUGUUUUGAUUUUACGAAGAAGAAAAAAAAUCAUCGCCCACCGUUGCUCUAUUUUUGUCUGCUUUAUCUUUAUUGUUUUUAGUUCAUGCUACGUCACUACAUGUAGAAUAUAUUUAUAUUAUGCUGUUUUUUGUUUUUUUCCUUCUUUUGUUCUACUUUAGGGUAAAAAACCAGUGACUUACGAUUUAAGAACAAUAAACAGUCUUGAGUGCAUGUUGAAUAGCAA